AUCAGUGAGGUAUUGGCAGACUUCAUCCUGGUACUGUUUAGCUGCCACUUUUAUGUAACUUUGCAUCGGAGGGUGCACAGCUGUUUCCAAAUGGAGACAAUCGACGACGUAGUAAACAAUGACGAAAUCGAGAUGCAUGACGUGGUCCAGCACAGCGAGAUGCCGGGUAUUCAACCGCCUUGCUUGGUGCAGCCGCUUAUGCAGGUGAGGCCGAAUCCUCUCCCACGACCCUUCUCGGCUACUUACGGCUCGACCUUACUUAAAUCGACGCUCAUCGCUGAACCGACGCCCAGCGAUGAUCUGACGCCCAGCGAUGAACUGACGUCCAGCGAUGAACCGAUGCCCAUGGCUCGACCAUCUCGUAGAACUUCCGCUAUUAUAUCACGAAGCUGGCAAUACCCUCAUCCAUUGCACGAAAGAUUUCAACAACGUACCAGACGGCCGAUAAUGAGAAUGCCGACUAUCGGCGAAGAAGAGGAGCACCAUAUACACUUGUAUAAUGGUAUCGACGGUACAGCGGCAGAAGACUUUGUGCUGAUAUUGAUUGCACCCGGCCGACAGUGGGACAAUUAAUUUCCGAUAAUGAAAUGUAUUUAAAACAUUGUUAAACACUGUAUCAAUUUCUAUCAUGUUGCAAUUGUUCUCUAUUGUAUCUAUUGUUAUGUAUCAUAUCCCUUAAUUGAUUUUCAAAAUUCUUCUUUCAUUAACGUAUCUAAAUUUGGUUGAUCUAGUAUUAAAAGUAGAAAGUUUUUAUCAUUUCAAUUA